GCGGCAGCUGAGACUGCAGCGGAGCUGCGGGGAGAACCGCAGGCGGCGGCCGGAGCGCGUAACCCUGCGCCCAGCCCGACGCCGCCGCCACCCAGAGAGGCAGUUCCGGCGCUCUGACGCCUCGCUCGGCCCCCAGCGGACACCGGCCCUCUCCGCAGAGGAGGCGCAGAGCGAGCAUAACCCGGCGCCGAGCCCGACGCCGCCGCCACCCAGAGAGGCAGUUCCGGCGCUCUGACGCCUCGCUCGGCCCCCAGCGGACACCGGCCUCUCUGCAGAGGAGGCGCAGAGCGAGCACCCCUGUCCGCAUUAGGACCAGUUCACAGGUUUAAGGAUCAACCUGCUUCUGGACCCUGAGAUCCUCUGCCUUUGCCCCAGCCAUGAGCCGGCGUGUGGUUCGGCAGAGCAAGUUUCGCCAUGUAUUUGGUCAGGCAGCAAAAGCUGACCAGGCCUAUGAGGACAUCCGGGUGUCCAAGGUCACAUGGGACAGCUCCUUCUGUGCUGUCAACCCUAAAUUUCUGGCCAUUAUUGUGGAGGCUGGAGGUGGGGGUGCCUUCAUUGUCCUGCCUCUUGCAAAGCCUAGAGAUCCUCCUUCCCAGUCUAGGCAACAAGACAGGACGAGUGGAUAAGAACUACCCACUGGUCACUGGGCACACUGGCCCCGUGCUGGAUAUUGACUGGUGCCCACACAACGACAAUGUCAUCGCCAGUGCCUCAGACGACACCACCAUCAUGGUGUGGCAGAUUCCAGACUAUACCCCUGUGCGAAACAUCACAGAACCUGUCAUCACUCUUGAGGGCCACUCCAAGCGUGUGGGCAUCCUUUCUUGGCACCCUACUGCCAGGAAUGUCCUGCUCAGUGCAGGUGGUGAUAAUGUGAUCAUCAUCUGGAAUGUGGGCACUGGGGAGGUGCUGCUGAGCCUGGACGACAUGCACCCUGACGUCAUCCAUAGUGUGUGCUGGAACAGCAAUGGUAGCUUGCUGGCCACCACCUGCAAGGACAAGACUCUGCGCAUCAUUGAUCCCCGGAAGAGCCAAGUGGUAGCGGAGCGAGCCCGGCCUCACGAGGGCGCCCGCCCGCUGCGGGCCGUCUUCACCGCAGACGGGAAGCUGCUCAGCACCGGCUUCAGCAGGAUGAGUGAGCGGCAACUCGCACUCUGGGACCCGGAGAGGUUUGCAGCCCACGAGGGGAUGAGGCCCAUGCGGGCUGUCUUCACGCGCCAGGGUCAUAUCUUCACCACGGGAUUCACCCGCAUGAGCCAGCGAGAGCUGGGCCUGUGGGACCCGCAGAACAACUUCGAAGAGCCGGUGGCACUGCAGGAGAUGGACACAAGCAACGGAGUACUACUGCCGUUCUACGAUCCUGACUCCAGCAUUGUCUACCUGUGUGGCAAGGGUGACAGUAGCAUUCGGUACUUUGAAAUUACGGAUGAACCACCUUUCGUGCACUACUUGAACACGUUCGGCAGCAAAGAGCCGCAGCGAGGCAUGGGUUUCAUGCCCAAGCGUGGACUGGAUGUCAGCAAGUGUGAGAUCGCCCGGUUCUACAAGUUGCACGAACGAAAGUGUGAACCCAUCAUCAUGACUGUGCCCCGAAAGUCAGACCUUUUCCAGGACGAUCUAUACCCGGACACGCCGGGCCCGGAGCCAGCCCUGGAAGCAGAGGAGUGGCUAUCCGGUCAGGACGCCGACCCUGUGCUCAUUUCGCUGAAGGACGGCUAUGUACCCCCUAAGCACCGCGAGCUCCGGAUCACCAAGCGCAACAUCCUAGAUGUGCACCCACCCUCGGGCCCCCGACGCAGCCAGUCAGCCAGUGAAGCCCCCUUGUUGCCUCUUCCGUCUUCCACGUCUCAGCAGCAGCAUACCCUUGAGACACUGCUUGAGGAGAUCAAGGCCCUUCGUGAAAGGGUACAGGCCCAGGAGGAGCGCAUCACGGCUUUGGAGAACAUGCUGUGUGAGCUGGUGGAUGGCACGGACUAGAACUGCAUUCGUGCGGCGAAGGGCAGAAGCAGGGCACCGGGACUCUGCAGCCCGGGCUUUUGGUCUGGGAUGUCGGGCUUUUGGUCUGGGUUGUCGCGCCCUUCCUCUCUGGGUUGGGAUUGGGGGCGGGGGACUGGAAAAGAAACUCUGCCCCCCACAGGAGGCCUUGAUGUAAGGGGUUUAAAGGGUAGGGGCUCUAGGCUCUGAGCUUGGUCCCAGACUCUGCAGGAUCAGGCCUAGGGAGGCCCAGGGAUAAUGCCUCCUUAGCAAAGGGGCUGCUUGGUGAGGUGGUGUCCACCUCUCUGUCCCUCACCCAGGGCAAGAGAGGUGCUUAGCAUUAGCGUGAUGUCUGGGGAUACUGGGGAGCUUGGGCUUGACCUCAAAAGGAUGAUGAUUUCAACAGUCUGCCCAGAGUCUCAGGAAAAUUGCCGCAUUUCCCCUAAUCAGCUGACUCAAUUCCACCAUACUGAGUGGAAAACCAAACCCAGCAGCUCCUUAGUUCUGCAGAUACAUGCACAACCCUUUGCCUGCAGAGCUCAACCCACUGGCUUCACCCAGCAGCCUAUGAGAGCUCUCUGCCUACUUUCUACUGCUAGAGAGGAGUUAGACCCCACCAGAGAAAUCUCAGCAGAACACACACACACACACACACACUGCCUCUGCUGUGGCCUUGAAUCUAUAAAGAAA